GUUUUUGUGUUCUGUAUCUUGUCGGAAAGAUGAUGUUUCCGAUUUCAAAGAAUAAACCCUGUUUCCCUCUCUCAGCAUUCACCAAAAGAUACUCCUCAUUUCAAUCUACUAAAUCAGUGAUCGACAAGGCUGCAACCGAUGGGGAGCUGAGAGUUUUCAUCGUCUCCGGCGAAGUUUCCGGCGAUAACAUCGGCUCUCGUCUUAUGUCCUCGCUCAAAAAGCUCUCUCCUUUACCACUUAGAUUCCAUGGAGUUGGAGGAUCCUUGAUGUGCAAGCAAGGUUUGAGUUGUUUGUUUCCUAUGGAGGAUUUGGCUGUGAUGGGUAUGUGGGAGCUUUUGCCACAUCUGUAUAAAUUCCGUGUGAAGUUGAAAGAGACCAUUGAUGCUGCGGUUAAGUUUAAGCCACAUGUUGUUGUGACUGUUGAUUCAAAAGGCUUCUCUUUUCGUCUUCUUAAGGAGUUACGAGCUAGAUACAAUCAGCAGCGCUUGGAAAAUUGUCCGGUACAUUUUCACUAUGUUGCACCGUCGUUUUGGGCUUGGAAAGGAGGAGAGUCAAGACUUGGAGGUCUCUCUGAAUUUGUUGAUCAUCUCUUCUGCAUUCUUCCAAAUGAGGAGAGCGUUUGUAGGGAACAUGGGGUCGAAGCAACCUUUGUUGGACAUCCUGUUCUUGAGGAUGCUUCUGAGUUUUAUCUUGCGAGGACGUUCAAGCCAGAAGAAUUGAAGCUUGAAGGCUUGAGUUUAAGCAAAUACUCACUUCCUUUUGACUCCACAGUCAUUUCGGUGCUACCUGGGAGCAGAUUACAAGAAGUUGAAAGAAUGCUACCAAUAUUUUCCAAAGCAAUGAAGCUACUCAAAGACCCGUUUCCAAAACUAGUGACGCUCAUCCACGUCGCUCCCAAUAGUCAAGUUGAUCAUUACAUUGGAGAAUCCCUUCAUGAGUGGCCAGUUCCAGCAAUAGUAGUCCCGAGUGGAUCCACUCAGCUGAAAUAUGAUGCCUUUGGUGCAAGUCAGGCUGCGUUAUGCACUUCAGGGACAGUUGCUGUUGAGUUGCAGCUCGCUCGUCUGCCUUCCCUUGUCGCUUACCGGGCACAUUUUUUGACAGAGUUAAUAAUCCGUUACAAAGCCAACAUACCUUAUAUUUCUCUCCCAAACAUUCUCCUAGACUCACCAAUCAUUCCUGAAGCUUUGUUUAAAGCCUGCAACCCUUCAAAUCUCGCCGUCACACUAGAGAAACUGCUCUUGGAUGAAAAGAUGAGAGAAAAACAAGUUGUUGCUUCCGAAAAGUUGAUACGGCUCUUGCAUCCGCCAGAAAGCAAAUUGAGUAACAUAAUUCAUUGCGAUGAUUUGGAAUCUCAUCGAUAUACACCAAGCUUGCUAGCAGCUUCCACUAUUCUUAGUUAUGAUACCAAGCGUUGAAAUCUCUCAUGAAGCAUAUUUAUUGCUUGCAUAACUUUUUGGGUCAUACAUUGUCAUAACUCACAAGGCCCUCCCUUGUUUAAUACUAGAGUACGCUUAGUCCUGCCAGCUCUGUUAUCACUAUUAUUGCUUUAGUCUAAGGUUGGAAUGUGUUUCAGAA